AAAUUUGCUAUAUGGAGAAAGCCUUUUACAGCCUAAGUUAGAGUAUUGUGGGCGGGGCGCGUGGUUGUGAGAGGCGGACUGUAAUGCCGUGGGCUGCAUGUACCUUGCAGCUCCGCUCUCACGUUGGAUAUUAUCAUACCUUUACUAAAUUCGACUCAGUUUUGUUGAUAAACGUUUUAAGCGAUCAGAUAAAUCGCAGAAAUCUGCAAUUAUCUGGUAUUUAGUCACUGAGUGAUCGCCUGACGAGCAAGGGCAGGUGAUUGAUAUUGUUGGUGAAGGUGAAGCAUGAAAGAUGGCAGGGAGAGUGCCUUCAGUGUGUACUAGAGGCAGCAGGAGGGCCACCAGUGCGCUGCUUGGCACUCGCUUGUCACACGAAGCGCGGGAAAGAAAUCAAUAGACGAAGGAGAGAGAGAGAGAGUGGCGGAACAUGGCGCGGCCCGCUGCUGUUGUGUGGUGAGCCAGGCACCAGUAUACCUACAGCUCACCGGGCCGUGCCACGCCAGCCUCCACACACAGGUGACCCAUUAAUCCUCAGUGCAGUGCCACAGUGCCUAAGCGUGCCUAUGAUAGAGUGAGAGCCUGUGACCAGUGCCCCGCCAGAAUCAUGAUAGAGUGUAUCCCAGUGUGACACAGAAGCAGCCUCGCCCACGUCUGUACGCUGGUGGACAUGUCGAGCACCACAGUGGGAGCGCGCCAGAAGUGGUGGAGGUGAGGCUGUAAACAAGCGGGACGGCCCGCCCGCUGCCAAGACGUGACGCCUGCACCCCUGCACAUGACACAUCCCAAGCCCACACCCACACACCUCCGCCAUGGCCACUACAACCACCGCCAUCACCCUCAGCAGCUGCACUAGCAGCAGCACCGACAGCCGCGGCCACCCCCCGCCCGACAGCAUGGACUCCGAUAAACGUAGUCUGUCUGACGCUGGGCGGCAGCGGCUGUCAAGCUUCCCGUCCCGGCAGCGGCGGAUGGGCCCCGCGCCCCUCGCCUCCUUUGAGGAUCUCAGUAUGGACAAGACUACGUCGGACUCCAGCCCUGAGGAACGCACUCAGCUUCCUGAAAUUGGUGAAGAGACAUCAGGCGCGACCACGCCGGUCACGCCUAUAGCGACGGCUGCUCUUAGUGUGCCCUCGUCGCCAAGGAUUCGUGUUUCGGCAGCAUCAUCUUCCUCGCCUCACGAGACUGACUCCAAAGAGUCAACACCAGAAAAGGAACUGUUUUCGGGUUAUGCUAAAUCUGAUUUUUGUGAAAACAUGGCUGCAGACUUGCACUCGAGCACGGAAGAGCUGGAUGCCGAAGAAGCAGAGCAACAGAGACGCAGAAGAGAACGCGCGUGCAAGUUGGCUGAGCUUGAGAGACGAGAGGAAGUUUUGCGUGUUGCUGAGCUCAACCGUAAAGGUUCCUCUUCCUCGGUGAUCAGUGACGGCCUCCUUCCCGUCACUAGUGGUCACUCGAGUAGACUAUCCUCUCUAGGCUCUAUCGGCUCUACACGGCGUUCUCCUUCUCCACACCGAAUGCUCUUAGAGACCUCUUUCUGUGGUAGUCGCCCCAUUCAACAACCUAGUAUUGAUUUUGAAGAUCCACCUGUUAAUACAGUCAAAAUGAUGGACUUUGCAAUUGAAUCCUUAGAACGAGUUAAAUCUCCAAUGGAAGCAAAGCCACCUGAUAUAUUCCGUACAUCUCCGGCCACCUUACCAAGACUCCAACCAGAAGAGGUAUUAGCAACAGCAGAAGCACCUCUCACAAAACUUGAGGUUUCUGCUGUUAAAUCAGCGCCGCCUUCAGCAAGGGUGGUGGCCACUACUCCCAAAAAAAAGCCACCUCCAAUAAACAUCGAGGCUAACGCUGAAACGAAAAAAAUUCUUUCUAAGGAACAUGAACCAAUUAUCACUGCCAUUCUCAAACCUCCAAAAGAGCAUCAAUCAACACAUCCACCUAAAUCUCCUUUACACCUUGAACAAACACAACAGCCAGGACAGACUCAGCAGCAACAUCGACAGCCACUUUCUUCUCAGUCAUCUCCGCGGUCACCGAGGAUGCCCAAGAAAGUUCCUGUUCCUCAGGUCCCAGAUCUGAAAGACCUUCCGCGACCGUCACCCUCACCCUCUGUGGCUUCGUCGGUCACUGCCACAACUCCGGAGUACCACAGUGCUCGCUCCUACUCCACCACCCCAUCUGCCUCACCCAGAGCAUCUAGAAGACGAAGAACCAGAGACGAAGUAGAGAGUGGCUCCUCAUCGCCGUCGGUGUCAAGAAAAAGCUCAUUUACAAAUUUAUUUCGUAAAUCUGAUAGUAGUGUCUUGAGCCCUGUCACUCCAGACUCGCCUGGUUCCAGUGGUCGUAGAAGUCCGUUUAGUCAGUUCAUUCGUUCUGCAAAGAAGGAGUUCCGGUCAAGAAGUCGAUCUCGUAGCCGAAGUAAAAGCCGAGAGAGAGACCUUGAAGAUGACACUCAUGACAGGAGAAGUGUCCUGUCAAUCUUCAGGCCGAAAACCAAAAAGAAAUCUGAACCUGACAAAGGCAAACCCAGCAGUGACACUCGCACGACCUCUACGGACAGUAAAAUUAGUGAGGCAAUCACUAAUGUUGAAUUCACGUUUAAUGAUGAUGGAAAGUACCAGUCCUCGUCGUUUGGAUUGAUAAGGCAAGAGAGUGAAGUAAACAGGGCGAUAAAAGAGCCGCUGAGAGCAGCUCCAACGAAAGCAGAGCCCGAGACACCCAAACCUGAUGGUAUUAUCAGUUCUAGAGACAGUUCUUAUAAUGAACUUUCUUCUAUUAUGAAUAUUGGAGACAAUAAACCAAGUAGUGAUACAAUCAUAGUAGAAGAAUCCAAAGAGAAUGAAGUAAGUGAGACACGAGAGAUAACAGAAGACGACGUAUUUGAUAAACCUAUUCUGCCUUCUUCCCCAGCUCCUCCUCCUCCUCCUCUUCCUCCUCCAUCUCCUAGUCUCCCUGUUGAAAUUAAAGAAAAUGAAAUUGAGGCUCCUGAGGGUGAUAAGCCGAUCUUACCUCCUAAGCAGAAAGAUCGCACAAGUGAAGUUGAUUUGACUCUGGAGACGCCUGCUCAGGAUUUAAGUGUCGACGCAGACUCGCGAUCAGAGUCAGAACGCGAGUCAGAAAUCGAGUAUCUUAAGAAAAAAGCAAGUCAACAACAGGGCACAGAAGAAAGCUUGGAGUCUCCUGAUGUAGAGAACAAGGGCCUCGUUUCACAAGACUCUCUUGAAGAGGGUGAACUUCCCUAUGUACCCACCACGCUCCCUAUGGAGCGCCCACUUGCAGCUCCCAUGAUUCCUGUCAAGGAGCGUGCUACAAAAAUGCACCAUACUCAGUCCAUUGAUAGACCACGUAGCACUACACCUUUAAUACCAGGACGUCUAGAAGAGUACAAGCCAAUAGUUAGUACACCAGAAGGAGAAUCUGAUAAAAUGAUGAUCAAUAUACCACAAACGGGACCAGUGAAAGUGUUACCAACUCGAAGUCCAAAACGACAGAGUUCGAAGACCUGGGAAGACUUCUGUCAAGAGGGCUUGCGGAGUCCAAGGACCCUACGAAAGCAAUAUAGGGAAAGGAGCUUACAAAGUUCAGAAGAAACACCACCGCCUCUUCCACCUAAGGCUCGUUCUCCUGCACGGUCCCCAAUCACGACACCCGAGACCAUUACUAAACAAGUUGAUGUUGAAAUCAAGCCUCAACCAGAGCACGUUAAAAGUUGGAUUAAUUUCGACGAAAUGCCAGAUAUAGUCCUGAAACCAGUGCGUCAGAUCAAGACAGUUCCUCCAAGACACCAAGCACAGCAGAGACAGAAAGACAUUCAAGAACGCACAGAAGCGCAGCAGUUCAAACCACAAAGUGAAGAACAAAGACUGGAAGAAGAGAGAACAAGUAUAGAAGGGCUACUGACACAGAAGUUACCUCCACCACUUCCUGAACCACUAAUUCUCCAAGACCUAGAUUCUGACAAUGGGCAGGCGUUGUCAGAGGCAUCUACGCCUGACAAAGGCGACAGCUCUGACCAUUCGUCCGACAGUGACAAACCAACUAGCCCCUCAUCAAGUGAAGAUCUCACCACAGUCAGAGAAAGAAUUGAAGAAAUAAAAAAAGAGGGGGACGAAUAUGAGAACUCCGAUCUGGAACGGUUACUGGCGCCAGUAAACGAUUGCAUCAAUCGAUUAUCAUCGUUAUCAUCUGAGCCGGGAAUGAUGGAACGGAGAUCACCCAUUCCGGAUAACUGGUCAGACUUCCUGCUACCCCCACAACCGGGUCGCAGAAGCCGGCUGUCGUCGCUAGGGUCAGAUGCGGGGUCAAUAGGUGGAAGGUCUCCAUCACCGUCUUGCAUGUUGCUGGAGACCUCUUUCUGCGGCUCACACCCCAUCGACGACCCUGCAGCUGCAGAGCCCGACGUGCCUAUCGCUAUUGCCAGAAAACUAAGUGGGAUCUCCCUGGGCGACUUGAGUCCCUUCACAGUUUCUCGCCGGGACUCCUCCAGCCUUCUCACUUGCCCAGAUAGAACCUCCAUACUAAGUGAUUCGUCUGCGGAAGGCGGUGGUUCGCCCCGCGACUGUGACUACUAUAGCAGUAGGCAGCAGCCGGAGCCCCAGAGAGCCCCGCUGGGGGCCCGCCACCUCAACCCAUUCGGCAUGGACCUGGGCGUCAGGAGUAACCGCAGCUCCGUCGUCUCCCAAGACCAAAGAAUGGUUAGAGGGGCUCCCUAAAAGAGUCCUCCGGAGAGUCCGUGCUCUACCGUGUUCCAAGCUUCCUAAAGCAGGAUGUCUUCAAGUAGAUUAUAGAUAUAGUUUCUGUUUUUCAUAAUUCUGUAUUUAUGCAUUUAUAAGAAAUGUAUUUUGCAUUUUCAUAUUCUAGCGGAGAAACCAUAAACUAGUUGUUGUUUCAGAAAGCAUCAUUCUCUCCUGUAAAUUAUUGUACAUUAGCUCUCAUCUCUCACACGUGAUAGCGUUUGUUGUUAAAACUGUCUUCAUUGUCUAUGAUUCAUUGUUAUUACGGUCAUUACAUUCCAUUUUACCUUUUAACAACUAUCAUAUUCUCCUGCUCGUUUUGAAUCUACUUUGAAAGCACACACACACACACAUACAUACACACAUACGAAUAAAAACAAAAGAGAAGGCUCAAGAGCUUGUGAACCUUAACAAGAGUUACUAGGAGCUGUUGCCCCACCUUGUGGAUAGGCGUUUAGUGUCAAGACGCGGGUGUCUUUGUCAAGCUGUCACGUGUCAACGGCAAGGCACGAAUGUCAGUCAUAUGGCGACCUUAAGGAAGAAUCACUUGACAUGGUCAACUUUGCCCCACACAUGAAG